AUGGUAGAUCAAGUGCUACUAUUACACUGGACGAAUAGAAUCGAAACACGUGGAAACCCGCAAGACGAAGAUAUGAAUGUGUUUCUGAAUGCGAUGGAGGAAAUCACUGAUGAUGUACCUCCAAGUUACCGACAACUGAUAGAUCUGGCGGAGUACCAGAUCGAUUUUCUUAUUGACCAGAUGGAAGGAGAGUGGAAGAUUUUUACUCAGUGGUUAUGGCAGGACUGGGAAUAUGACUCCCUACACGAAUUUUGCACAAGGAUGCGAGAUGAGCAUGUGGAGUUACACGGGGAGGCCAUGGAUGAGGAGGAUCAGGAAGAGGGCGUUGCAAAUCCCGAAGAUGAGGUCAUCGACAUCAGUUCCGAUGAGGAAUCUCAGGAAGCUCAGGAUGAUGACGAAGGACCCCAGGUGGGGUCUGACAAUGACGAGGAUCACAAGGAGUCAUGGAUCUGGAGGCCAAAGGACUACUGA